GCUAAACCGAAACCGAUUUUUUAAAACUGACAAAAGGAAGUGAUAAGAGAAGUUUCAGAAAAUAGCAAUGUGAACUGCGAUACUUUCAGCACAUGCCAAUUUAGUUUGAACAAGUUAUAUUAAUCAGGAAUGAAUCCAGGAUGUCUGCAAAUAUAUUCCCUAAUGUGUCCCUUCUAGAGGGGAGGUUGCAAUUUUGGAGGAGGGAAAUUGUACGAUGUCUGGACAAGCCAACAUUUCUAUCACAGCUGGCUGCUAAAGAUGUUUUCAACGAAGAUGAGAAGUCAAGGUUACUAGAAAUAUAUCAGAAUCGUACAACAACAGAAGCCGGAGAGGCCGUUCUGGACUCCUUUCUUGAAAGUUCUGCUCCAAAUAAGUGGAUAUCCUUCCUUAAUGCGCUUGAAGAAGCAGAGCUUAAAUACGUGAAGUCAUUGCUGGAAGAAGAUAUUAAAGAACCGGAAGAGGACAGGGUAAGAGGUCGAAAACUGAUACAACUCUUUGGUCCAGAGCUAGAAAAAAGUAUUGAUCCAAUACACAUUACAAGCACCCUGCUUUCGAAGAAGGCUAUAACAGAAGUGGACCGCGAUAAGUGCUUAAUCUAUGCCAAUCCAAAUGCAGAUUGUAUGGUAUAAUGUGCCUUCUACGCAGAAUGCAGUCUCAAUUACGACCAAGGGAAUGGUAUUACGCGUUCCUUUGCGCGCUUCGGGAUAACGACUACAAAUCGGAGUGUGAACUUUUAGAGCCGGAUUUCUUGCAAUGCCCUCAUAUGUUUGAUCCUGAAAAUAUAUGUGGAACAUCAAACGGUGGGGUUAAAGAACCGCUUAGAGAUUGUGUAAUGACCGAAACAACACCAAAAUGCGAAGAACCUAUGGAAGGAAUACACGAGGCGAACGUUCCUAGAAUUGAGGUCUGCGGAGAAACGCUCAGUCGAAAAGAUCCAGUAAAAAGAGAUGAUGCUGUACUGUCGGACGAAAACCAACUUGAAUCCGAUGCAGAAAAAAUAGACAAGUAUCAGACAAGUCCAAACCUUUGUCUGAGGGAUUACCAGUAUGAACUAGCUGAGCGAGCGAUUCAGGGAGAAAACACCAUCAUAUGUGCUGAUACGGGAACUGGCAAAACUACGGUUGCCAUGCAUAUCGCCUCUGAGCACCUUAGUAAAGCGACGAAAGGAACCCGGAAAGUUGUGGUAAUGGCUAGUACAGCGAUUUUAAUUAGCGAGCAAGCAGAUAAAUUCAAAAAGAAACUUCCAGAAUAUAAAACCAAGUUAAUAUCUGGUGGAGAAGAGGAAUCAACGAUGCUUCACGUGUUCGUGAAAGAUGCGGAUAUCCUCUGUUUUACUCCCCAGAUACUAGUUAACAAUUUAGAGAACGGGAACAUACCAAGUCUUGCUGUAUUUUCCUUGUUGAUAUUUGACGAAUGCCACCAUACAAAGGGUUCGGGAGCGUAUGGAGAGCUUGCAAGAAGAUAUCUCAGAGAGAAAUUAAACAAAAGAAUUGGACUUCCCCAGAUUGUUGGUCUCACUGCGUCUAUUGGAGUAGGACACUCAAAGAAUGAGGAAGAUGCGGUAGAAUAUAUAACCAAAGUUUGUGCAGCACUCGAUGUCAAACGGCUCUCAACAGUUGAAAGAUGCAGAACAAACUUCGAAAAAUAUGUGAAUACACCGAAAGAAGACAUAAUCAAAAUGACAGUUCGCGCAGACGAUCCAUGCAGUAAGUUGCUGAAUGAAAAUAUUAUCAAAACUGAAGACAUACUUAACGACAUCUGUUUCGAAGUGUGUGAACCAGAUAUUAUCGAUGUUCUUGAUAAGAGGCCACGGGAAAAGGGAACUUUGGCAUACUACGGCUGGACAAUACAAAUAGAGAAAACAGCAAAACGAUUUGUAGAUGAUCGCAACAGCCUUCGCGAUAUUACAACAUGUGCUACGUAUUUAAAUGUCUACUGUUCUGCGUUUGAGGUGAAUACACUUUUGCAAGUUCGAGAUGUAAUGAAAUACCUAGCAAACGAGACAAAAGUAGAAGCUGACAGGAGAUCAAAAUUUACCGAUCGAGAAAAGGAACUGUUUGAAAACUUUAAAGAACUGCAGAAAGAAUUAACAAAGAAAAGCAGAGACGUAAACGCAGCCAAUCCAAACGUCGAGAUAAUUAUUGACCAGCUUACGAAAAUGUUCCUGGAAAAGGGUCUGGAUUCAAGAGCAAUGGUCUUUGUUAAAACAAGAGCAACAUGCAUAGCACUACGGGAGCUUUUGGACAAUAGAUUAGAGUAUAAAGCUCGUUGUCUGUAUGGACAAAAACAAAUAGGGUCAAUGAAAGGCAUGAGUCCGGAAGAGCAGACAGAAGUAUUGGAGAGGUUCAAGGAGGGCCGCUUUAAGAUAAUUGUAUGCACGUCUGUUGCAAUUGAAGGAAUAGAUGUUCCAGAUUGCAAUAUUGUCAUCAAUUACAACUUCUCUGGCGACGAAAUCACAAAGAUACAAAUGAGAGGAAGAAGCCGAAGACAAGAUGCCUCCACACUCACAGUUGGAAAUGAAAAGAUAGUUGAAAAAGACAAAGUGAAUGUCUACAAAGCCAACUUGAUGUACAAGGCUAUGGAUACUUUUAAGAAAAUGGAUGCGCAUAAAUUGGAAAACAAAUUAGACUUGUACCAGAGAGAGGAAGUACAGAAGUUGGUUAACAAAAAUGAUUUGUUAGAAGUUGAGAGAAACCGUCAAUCUACAGAUGAUAUGGAAGUAUUGUGUGGAAAGUGUUCGAAAUACAUGUGUCACGUGUCGGGGAUGCGUGUUCUACCAAACAAUCAAAACUUUGUCAUAACUGAAGAGUUUCCUGACAAAAUCGACAGAAAACCUAACCUUAAGCGAGAACGAUAUGAUGGAAUCGCGAAAAAAGGGAAAAUGUCCUGUACAUCGUGCGGACUAGACUGGGGUAUGAUUGCAGACAGACAUGGGUAUGAAAUAUUUGUGUUGAAACUUGAAAGCCUUUUGUUUCGACAGGUUGAAAUCGACAAAAUCCAGGAUUUUAAAAACUGGCGUCUGGCACCCAAAAUUACUCAAUGCACUUUGGAAGACAUUCCCAAACUGUUAGCAUACCAAACAGGACAUAAAUGACAUUGCGCGUGGAACUAACCUCUGUUUCAUGAUCAAAACAUGUAAAAAGUAUGAUGUUUUGAACUUUCUUCAAUUCUUUUAACGAAAUUUAAAUAAUUAUGCAAGUUCAAUUUUAUUUUAAAAAGGAACUGUUUGUUUCAUCAUUGUUUUUUUUUCCAUUUCAUAUUUAUACAGAUUAUUCUCUUUUAUUGAAAUAUAUACUUGGCGCAUAUUGUUGCCUUCGAGCACCACUGAUUUGUAUUGAUUUUUUAAAUGUUUUUUUUUCUUGAAAAUUCGAACAAAUAAGUGACUCGAUUGUGAUGCAUUUUCACAACAUGACGUGACCAUUUCCUGCUGCCUUUAUAUAACGAUAUUACACGUGAUAUUGGCAAACAAUCAACCAAUCAAGCUACAGCUGUUUGCUGAAUCGCAUUACUAACGUUACUUUGACACUCUAUAUGUCGUAAUAAAAAAUAUCGUAAAAAGUGCAUUUGACACAUCAUGCAAUAGUCCAUUUAAAGGCUUAUAAUCGGUUUUAAAAUGUAUUUUUUAAAACAAAUACAAACAUAAAUUAUCUAAAAUUUUUCAAUACCCUAGACUAAAUAUUACUUUAUGGGUGCCGCCGUUUUCCAGUAGCCAUAUUUCUUCCUUACGUCAUAUUUAAGAUACGACUUAUUUCUGAGUGUUGUGAGUCAUAUUAAACGUUUUUUUCAUAUGGAUAAAACUACUAUGUGCUAUGUUUGCGGUGUCGUGAUGCUAACAAUGUAUUCAAUAAAGGUUAAAAUAUCUAACAGCAGUUCUUGUGGGCGAAUUGCUAUGGUAUCAGUUUUUUUUUACUGUACAAGCGUGUGUCGCUCCCCACUGCAACCAGGCUGUUUUUAUACUUUAAUUGUAUUUUCUUCUGCGGUAUCAAAUAGUAAAAUAUUUAUAAUAUAAGUGGUUUCAGAUGCAUAACCGGGAAAUUUUGGUGCCAAAACAUGAGCGAGCCCCUUAAAGACCAACUUCUGCUUGAUGAUUUUCAUAUAUUGACAUGAAUGUGAAGCAAAACUAAAGGAACACGUCAAGUAGUGGAAAGAUUAGUUACAUAAUGUCAAGAUUGUAAAAGGAACGGAAAGUUUUUUUAUUUUCUGUAUUUGUGAUUAGAAAAAAAGCAUAUCAAGAGAAAAUAUUACAUCCUAAAUAUCAAUGAAAUUUGUGAUCUCUCCUUUGUUAAUGUUCAUGUCAUGAAUAACUUUUGUAUCAGUGUUUAAAUAUAUCGUAGAUGCAAAUUAAAUUAUGCAAAUACAAUUAUAGCAUGUGUGGUGAAGUAAUGUAAUGUAUUAUUUAUUCUGAUUAGGGAUGAGCCGAUGGGCUUACAGCAAAUUAUGUUUGUUUGUCUGAUGGGAGAUGUAAGCUUACAUUAUAUUUGAAUAAACUGUUUUAUUAUA